GACUGUUUAUACAGGAGGACGUGCUUGUUUUUUGUCGGUGUCGUUCUGGUUCUAUUCUUAACUCGUCUGUAAAACUACAAAAUUUUACUUUGUAAUGUUGAAAAAAAGUUAGAUUUUCAGCGAUGACAGAAGAAUAUGGCAGAGAACGAUCUUGCUGCGUUCAGGGAGCGUUGGAAACGAGAGUUAUCGAGUAAAAAGGGGGAGCAACGACUGGUUUGUGCGCCUUCCUCUUCCCGGGAUAUUGAUGAUCAGUUAGGCCAGAGAGACUUAAAAAAUCUUAACAAGGCCGGUAGUCAUUCAAAGCCAGAAGAAGGUGGUUGCACUGAGCAUGUUCGUGUAGGGGGAAAACCUGCUGCUCUUGCUGCUGCCGCAGAGACAGAGGAUCAGCCUCAGUAUGUGUCCAUUGCAAGUAGUUUGCUGGAUGGAAGGACCAGCCCUCUGUUGGACAGAAUUGAGGAGGAGAGGAGCAGGAGAAAGAGGCAAUAUCAUAACAUGACUAAUGUCUGCAGCUCAUCCUUGCAGCAGCAGCCUCAGGGAAAGGUCAAGAAAGAAGAAGAGCUGGUAGACCAACUCAUUCAGGAUCUGAAUGAAGUCAAUGACAUUCCCUUCUUUGAUAUUGAGUUGCCGUAUGAGAUAGCUUUGAAGAUAUUCCAAUAUCUCAACUGUGCAGAACUAGGCCGAUGUGCCCAGGUGAGCAGGGCAUGGAGAGUCCUUGCAGAGGACUCUGUUCUGUGGUUCAAGUUGUGCGUGAGGGAUGGUUACCAUCAGAAUGCCAGCAUGUCUGACUCGCCCUGCUGGAAGAGUAUGCUGCGAGACUGCAGGAACUCUUCUAAAACGGUGCGCUUCAACUGGAAGAAUCGAGUGGGAUCCAUCAGCCAGCUGCAGUUCGAGUUGGGGAAGGUGCUCUGUGACGUCAGCUCCUAUGACAACUUCGUCUUAGCUGGGUACACGUCUGGUGAUGUGAGGCUGUGGGAUACCCUCCACUGGGACUCAACGGCUUCGUACCUGAAGGCCAAUAGUCUGUCUGCUAACACUGAGCCGAGACCACAUGUUAGUCACGUCCAGGUCAACGGCACGCUGGCUGCUGCUGCGUAUGAAGAUGGCUGUGUAGACCUGUGGAGCACAGAGACAGGUGGGGAACCCAUCUAUCACUACCAGACUACAGGGAGGAUCCAGGUCCUGUCCCUAAGCCCUGACAGUCCUGUCCUGAUCUCCGCCACUGGAUCAGAUGUUCGGCUUGACUGCGCAAAAGACUGUGGCUACUGGAGGACAGUAUGCCAGACUCAGCUACCCAAGACUGUAGAGAGCAUGACUUUAGUCCCAGGUAGGGACCAGCAAUGUCCUUUGGCAGCUCUGGCAGCAGGAGAGUCCAUGUACCUGUUGGACCCACGGGAGGAGGAGCCAUUGAUGCUCCACUCAGUCUAUGGUCAUCCUGUUACCUGCUUGGAUGCCUCAGAAUCCCAUGUUGCAUUUGGGGUGAAGCGCACAGGCUGGGCCAUGCAUGACGGAGGGAACAAGAUCCACAUCUACAGCCUGGAGACGCGCAAACCGACAGUUUCUGUCGGCAACUCGCCGGGAGAUUUCACUUGCAUCAACCUGAGAGACAGCUCUCCUCAUCUGCUGGUGUGUGGGAACAAAGACAGGAGGGUGAGGGUGUUCGACAUAAGAUCCGGCUCUUCUGUCGCAUCUCUGUACGCCCACCACUUGGGGGUCACCUCUGUGCAAGCGGAUGACUGGAAGAUUGUGAGCGGCGGAGGCGAGGGAUUGGUGUGUGUCUGGGAGAUGAGGAUGGGAGCAAAGCUAUGGGAGAUGCACAACAGGCAUCCUGUAAGACAUGUACGCUUCAACACCAGCACUCUGGUAACAGCCAACAUCCCUGAUGACAAGUCGCCACGGGGAGCUUGCAUCACAGAUGAUGACCUAACAGCUCAUCGCAGACACAGAGGAGUCAUCUGCCACUAUGACUUCUCUGAGGACGCCCUGUCACAGGAUCACAUCCUGCCCAUCUGCAGGUCUGACUACAUAGAGUCUUAUGGCUACAACUACAACAUCAGCCUAGCAGUGCCUUACGACAGGCUGUCUGGUUCCCAUCCGUCCCAAUGACACGCAGUUUUCCAGACUGCAAAUGGACUUAAUUGACUGCAAUUGAAAAGACAGUAACAUGUAUCAGUUUGAACCUUUAAACUCUGUCGUUUUAUUUAACAGGUCCUCUUCCAUCAUCCUGAUCAAAUCAAGGCUAUUAAAAUGUAGUAGUGUCGGUGUAUUGUAUAUAACUGUUGCAUAGGUAUCUCUAUGUUAUUGUUGAAUCUAGCUGCCCGAUGAAACACUGGGUUUGAUGUAGUCCAACAUCACAGGAAUAAAGUCAUUUUUACCUCAUUUACUAUAUGCAAAUCAUUUUAAUAUUCUUUCCUAUUAAAAAAAAUGUACA